AUGAAUAUCAUCAAAGUUACCCUCCCCAACUCGACCAUCAGCUUCACAAGAGAGGUGCAGCUGUUCCUCUUCUACUACCAGUUCAUCAUGAUAACCACUGCCAUUGUCGGUAACUCUAUCGUGGUCUACGCUACCAAGAUGUUCAACGCUAUUCACCUCGACUCCGCCUCAGUCCUCCUGAUUCAGAACUUAGCAGUCACAGACAUUGCCCUCAUCAUGAUCGCUUAUGUCCCCAAGUUGGUUACUCUCUACACAGGAAGAUGGGUCCUUGGCCCCGUCAUCUGCUACCUCACAGCAUUCUGCCAGUUCGUCCCCGGAGCGGUGGAGAUCAUCACUCUCACCUGUAUCUCAGCUUACAGAUGGUACAUGGUCAGGUUCCCCUUCAGGAGGACUCCCAAGGCAUUCGCCACCAAGGUCCUUAUCUUACUGAUGUGGCUGGCAGCUAUGACGUUUCCCGUAAUAUUUGUUACGGCGAAUAAGAGCAGAGCCAUAUUCGACGUGCGGACGCUAGCAUGCUCCACAAACAUUGGGUUCCACCACAGAUACCUAGCUUUAGCUGCUCUCUUUUUCUUUGGAAUCCUCCCUGUCGCCCUCACCAUCAUCCUCAACCUCUACACUCUGGCCUGUGCUUUCUGGAUCACUCACAGCACCUCACCUGCUAAAACCUACAACAAACAAGCUCUGAUAACAGUGAACGCUAUCUGCUGGAUCUUUGUGUUGUCGUGGGUACCGUAUAUUAUUAGAGCCAUCAUGGCUACUCUGUCCAUACCCUUGCCGCUUUGGUUCUACACCAUGCAGUACAAUCUUAACAUUAUCAGCCUGACUUUCAACCCUAUUGUAUACACAAUAACGAACAGAAGGUUUAGAAGGUUUAUUUUAAGGAGAAUAUCACGGAUUGUAAGUUCCCAAUUACCACUGUCCCUGAGAUCCGCUGGGAAAAUGAACGUUAUCACUACCCCCAAAGAUAUUAACGAGACAGGGAUUUGA